AUGACUAGACGUGUUUGCACAAUACUAAUCAUUUUAUUUUAUAUAUUAACGACGGUUACGUCGUAUCAUCUAAGAAGACAGAAAAGGAUUGUUGGUGGUCGUGCAGCUGCACAACCUCCUGUGGAUGAUCCUGUUGUUUAUCUAACACAAAGUGAUCGACAAGCACGUAUUUAUGGUACUCGAGAUCCAAAUAAAGGAUUUUACGUUUUUCGUGGCAUUCGAUUUGGACGACCUCCAGUAGGUCUAAAUCGAUUUCAAAGACCUAUACCUCAGCAUUUAGAAGGGGAAAUUAAUGCUACAAAAUGGGGACCACCGUGUUCACAGCCUGAUAUUAACGGCAAGAAAAUUAUAGGAAGUGAAGAUUGUCUCUUUUUGAACGUAUUCACACCUAUGCUUCCAGAUGCUAGCGACGGAUAUCCUGUAUUAAUUUGGAUACAUGGGGGUGGUUUUAGAAGGGGUUCAGCUUGUCAAUAUGAAAUGAGAAACAUAAUUAAUAAAAAAUUAAUAGUUGUAUCAAUACAAUACAGAUUAGGUUCACUCGGAUUUUUAAGUUCCGGUACGAAGGAAUUACCAGGUAAUAAUGGUAUAUUUGACAUAAUGUUGGCGGUUAAAUGGGUGGAAGAUUAUAUAGAGUAUUUUGGUGGAAAUCCGAAGAAAAUUGUAGCAUUUGGUCACGGCACAGGAGCUAGUGCUGCUUUCAUGCUUGCAUUAUCCAAAUUAUCCAAAAAUACUUUAAGCGGGUUGAUUGCCAUGUCAGGUUCUAUUUUAUCUCAUUUUGCAAUUGAUAAAAAUCCUUCAUCCACCGUACAAUACAUCGCCUCGACGAAUGGAUGCCCCACAAGUGAUACAAUUGAAAUGGUCCGUUGCCUUCAACAAAUACCAGUUAAUAGAUUGAUAGAAGUUGACUCUAGCUUGGAAACUAUACGUUCUACAAUUGAUGGCUUUCUAUCUGGUUUAUCGAACUUACUAGGCCCUGGUCCUGUAAUUGAAGGCAACGAUGAUGGAAGAUUUCUUCCUAAUUUGAUUACCAACACACCAGAGAAUUUUUUACAAUUCGAAGAUUUUCCAUCUAUACCAUUAUUGAUGGGAGUUAUGAAUAACGAAGUAGGAGGGGCAAUUUUUGGAGAUUAUAAAACCGAAAUUGAAAAUAAAUUACGUACCGUUCCAGAUUUCUUAAAUAAAUAUCUUAUACCAACUCUACAAAAUACUAUCUCGAAUUUUGGAAAUAAAUCGCAUUCUAUAACAGAAUCUUUUAGCAGAUAUUUCAAUGUCUUUAACACAGGAAAUAAUUCUGCUCAAAUCGCUAAAAUAGCAGAAGCUAUGGGAGAUACUUUAUAUAACGUCCCCGCUUUCCUUACAGUUAAUUAUUGGGCUAAAAAAAGCGAGGCUUUUCUAUACAGUUUCGAUCAUAAAAGAAAACGAAAUUGCAAUAACAAUUUUUUAGCAGGAUUGCCUAUAGUUAAAGCGAGACAUGCAGAUGAUAUACCAAGUCACGGUGAUGAUCUUGGAUAUAUUUUUAAGGAAAAUACUAUUACCGGGGAAUCAGUACAAUGUGAUGAAGAAUCAAAUGAGGAAAAUGAACGAGUGGAAAAUGUAUUUACGAAUUUGAUAGCCGAAUUUGCUAGAAGCGGAACACCUAAUAUAACAGUUUCAUCUCAAGGUGAUAGUUUAUUCUCAAAUCUACUUCCAAAAUUUUCUAGCAAAACCAAUCCAUUUAUUAGUAUUACAUCAACUCCUCGUAUAAUGGAACAAUUCAGAUACUGUGAAAUAGGAUUAUGGACGGGUCUUGCAGAACGAUUGAAAUCGAAUACGUGCAAUUUUCUCAAAAAUACUAUAAAUAUUGUGGAACAUGAAGCUCAAAAAGUGAAAAACAUUGUUACAAAUCCUGUUAAAACUGAAGAUAGAAUUGCAGAUGUUAUGCCAAAUUUUACUGUUUUAAAAAACGAAACAAAAGUCCCAAAAAUUGAUGAUUUAAUGAAAAAUACAAAAUAUAAGACACAAAAGUCUAUGUCUCGAAGCAUAUGUUGUUCAUUUAGAUCAGAUAUUUUAGAAUUGAUAUCUGAAUUAGGAUUAUCUUCUGUUGCAUCUAUUGUUUCAACGCAAAUAUCAGUGUCAGUUUGUUUAAUAAUGUCCAGUGGUGAUGUUGAUUGCGGAAUUUCUGUAUCAGUCACAACUAGUAUUGAAGUAGUUUCAUUUAUUGGCGUGUCACAAACUUCAACUUCAAUAUUUUUAUUUUGUAUUGUGACUGUCAUUUGUUUUUUUAUCGUAUUAUUCUCUUUUUCUAUAUCUUGAUUCGUUCGUGUAAUAUGAAGUUUAUCUUCUGUACUAUUUUGUGUUCUAGGUUCAACAGUUUCGCUAGAAUUUGUAACUUUUAAUUUUUUACUUGGCAAAGGUUCUACAUCUUCAUUUGCAACAAUUUCAACAGUGGGUGAAACUACAUUUUCCACUGUAUUAUUUUCUUGCACGACUUGUUCGUCAGUAAUAAAUUCUUUUUGUAUAGUCCUGAAAAAUAAAUAUAAUUUUCAUUUAAAAUCUAAAUUUUUCAAUAUUGAUAUUACUAUUUCUAAGUAAAUAUAUGAAUUCUAUACUUACUCUACUUGAGUUAGUUGAAUUGAUGGAGCAUGAGGAUGUAUGAUUUUUUCAAGUUCUGCCAAUGCCACUUUAGCUUCUUGAAUAAUAUGUAAAUUAUUAUCAUUCAAAGCCAUUUCAAAUAAUUCUAGAGAAUAUUGCGUAGGUAAAGGUGAUAAAGAAUGUGGAUUCAUUUGUAAAGCUCUUAAAACUCUGAAUAAUAAUAAACGACACUCAGGAUAUUUUUUAUAAAAUCUUUGGUCAGUUGCACUUAAAUAGCAGUCAUACAACAAAGGUAUUAUAGUAUUUUGUACAGUCUAAAAGAAGAUAUAAUUAUUAUAUCCAGCAUAAAACCCUAUAAUGAAAUGUGAAAAUUAAAAUUUUACCUUAAAAAAUGUUUGUUUCAGAAGAGUCCCACUAUUAAAAAAUAUAUUUUGUAAUAUAUCCAGAGCCACUUUACAUACAUCUGUAUCUAGAUAAUGUUCUUUACUAGAACCAAUUUCAUUAUUCAAAUACGUACCCUUCUGAUACUGACUAUUUCGGAGACGUUUUAACGCUCUUUUUGAUAAAUUUUGUGUUUUUUGAAGCUAUGACAAUAAUUUAUAAAUUAAAAAAAUAUUUAUAAAAUUUUUAUUAUAUCAAAAUAAAAUAAAAUCUUGUUAUACUUACAGUCAGUAAAACACGAUCUUUCUCUGGUACUAUAUCUUUUAAUAUAGAAGAAAGAUAUUCAUUUGCAACUGUUUCUAUACCAGAUAACGAAUUAGUAUUCAUUAACCAAGAGUUUAGACAUUUAUAAGCAGAUAUUCUUACAUUUCUAAAUGGUUUGUUUCCACUAAUUGUUAUUUGGUUUUCUAAAGCAUUUUCUGUCCAUUGUAGUGUUUGAAGAAACAGUUGCAAUAUUAUUGACCCAAAUGGUAUUAAUUGUUCUUUAAAUCUAUAUAUUUUGAAUUCAUAUAAUUUCACCAUUUUAAGUAUAGUUUAUUAUUUUAAAAUUAUGAUAUUCUUACCCAUUUAUUAGCGCAUCCAAAAUACCAAAUAAACCAAUGUGUAGUUUUGGUAAAAUAAGAUAUAAAAUCUGUUCUCUAACAGAAUUUUGAUUCUGUAUAUUUGAUGGUUGUAUUGCUAGUCCUCUACAUAAAACCUUCAAAAUUUCAUGGGGUAAUACUGAAUUUUUUUUAUCAAAUCCACUGUAAAAUUGAAAUUAUUUAAAUAAUUUCCUUUUAAUAUAUUAUACAAACUGAUAUUUUUAAAUUAUUCUCUUACCGCAACAUAAAUGAUAAAUAAGUACACAAAUUCAAAAAUCUUUGUUUUUGUGUAAAAUAGAAUUGAACAAUAUUUUCUUGAGAUAUACUAGGUAAUUCCAGUUUAUCCCAUAUGCUCACAUUUUCUAAUUCUAUUAAAUCAGAAAAUAAUUCAUCCAUUAUUACAUGUAAAUUAUUACAAAUAAGUGCAUGAUGAUAUGUUGUAUUAGUAUAAUUUGGUUUCAAAGGAGGAGGUUUAAAUGAACGUUCUGUUGCUUUUACUAAAAAAGUAAAACAUUUUGCACUUGAGUUAACUAGAUUUUCUUGAGAAGAAUCUACUUGCAACAGUAUAAUCUUCUUUAUAGAAACCUGUAAUAUUAAAAUAUUUGAUAAUAAGUAAAUAUAACUAUACAUUAUUAAUAUUCUGUAAUAGUGAAAAAGAUUCUAUACCUGGAAACGUUCACAAACUUCUGGAUAUUGAUGUAGUAGUACUGCAAUUAAAUAAUAUAUUGGACCACAUUUUUUUUCUGUAUUCAAAUUACUAAUUAUGUUAAUAAGUUGUUUUAUAUUUUGCAUAGAUACUUGUUUCUGUAUGUCUGAAAUAUCUUUCGACUUAAUGAUCAAAUGUCCAAGAACUUUACAAGAGAUAGAUAAUUCUUGCGAGUUACUAUGAACACUUUCUAAUACUUGAGUAGCUUUUGAUAUCCAUAGUAUGCAAUAUUUCGAAAAAACAUCAUUCGAGCAUUGUGGCAAAAUUUUAUCCAAAAUUAAUAACCCAUUAUAUCGAGACUGUGAUUGAUUUAAACAAGUAUUUACAAUUGAUAUAAUGGCACUUUGUGCUUUAUCAACCUGAACAUAAAAAUAAUAUAAUAUUUGACAAAAAGUGGUACUUUUUUUCAAUUAUAAGGUUACUUUCAAAAAUAUAAUUUUACCUCUUCUAUACUAAAUGGUAUAUCUCCAUUAAAACAUAUUAAGUGUUGUAAAAAUUCUUUAUAUUCUUUUGAAUCAUGAUCAAAAAAAUUAAUUAAUUCCAUUAUUGUUGUCAUUUUAUUUUUAUGACGGUCCACGUGUUUUCAACAAAUUCAAAAGUGAGGUUAUCUGUAAGCUGUAAGUAUGUAUGUAUAACUGAAGUAUGUACGUAUGUGCAGCAAAUAUAUAUGAAAAUUAUAUAUACCUAACAUAAUUCAAGUUUAUCAAAAAAAAAAAAUUAGUUUUAAGUAAAGAAAUAAUUAUAUACUUAAAAAAUAUAUCAUAGUUUUACAACAUAAAUAUGUAUAUCAAAUUACGGAAAAAAUAUUUUUGUAUCUUAAUUGAAACAUAAAAUAAAAAUUAAUACGUUAUUAUUUUAUGCGUCGUUACUUUAUCAUAAAAUUAAAUUUAACAUAAAAGUAUAUAGCUUUAUAUAUUUGAAUAUUGCAUACAAUUUUUGCUACAUUUACACAUUACGAAACUUAAUUAAAUUGCAAAGUGAUUCAUUUUGAAAAGAUUUAAAAUUUCAUAUUUAUAUUGAAUAUCAUUAUUAUAUCAUUUACUCAUAAUUUAUAUACAAUUAUUAAUAUAUAUUUGUAUAUAACACAAAUUUAUAUAUAAUUAUCAUAUCAUUUAUUUACAUUUGGCUUCAUUUGUUUAAAUGUGCUACUGUAUUUAUGCUGGAAAUCAGCAUAAAUCGCGCGCUUACAAUUAGAAGUAGCUAGGGCGUAAUAAACGCAGAGAUUCUUUUACGCAACACGAUUGACCUCAAUCGUAAAAGGAAUUAUUAUGUAAUUUUGCAGUGUACUCGGUGAUGACGAUUCAAAUAUUUCUUCUCAUGUUAUGAAUGCAUACGAUCACGCGAACCAUUUGGUACUUUUUACAUUAAUCUCAAGACUGAAAGUUUGCUUUUUGUUGCAACAAGACACAUCUUUUAUGUAAAAUACAUUUUUUAAAUGUUCCUCAAAUUUAAAUAAUUAAUUAAUCAAUUAAUUAAACAAAAUAAUUAAUUAAUUUUUAGUCUAAUUCUAUCAAAAAAUCGAAUAUUUUCUAAUAUUAAUUCUACAAUUAUUAAUUUCAGAACUGUUCCAUUAAUUAA